UCGGUCCUGCAUCCACUGCCUGCCCUCUGUGGCUCCUGAGGACGGACAGCCUCAUGGCUCUGGCAAAGUUUCCUGGGACCUGCCUGCUCACCAUUCGUGUCCUGCAGGCCCAUGGCCUGCCCUCGAAGGACCUAGUGACCCCUUCUGACUGCUAUGUGAGGCUGUGGCUGCCCACAGCCUCUAGCCACAGGCUCCAGACACGCGCGGUCAAGAACAGCAGAAACCCCGUCUGGAAUCAGAGCUUUCGCUUCCGAAUCCACAGCCAGCUCAAGAAUGUCUUGCAGCUGCAAGUCUUUGACCAGGAUCUUCUGACCAGCGAUGACGCCAUGUUGUCAGUGCUAUUUGACCUGGGGACUUUGCAGGCUGGGGACUUGCGCCGAGAGAGCUUCUCACUGAACCCUCAGGGUGAGGAGCGGCUAGAAGUUGAAUUUCGGCUGCAGAGAUUGACAGACUGUGCUGAGCAGCUUGUCAGCAAUGGCAUCCUGGUGGCCCGGGAGCUCUCCUGCUUGCAUGUUCGACUGGAGGAGGCAGGGGACCAGAAGCAGUCAGAGGGCAGAGUUCAGCUUGUGGUUCCUGGGUCCUGUGAGGGUCAACAUGAGGCCUCCGUGGGUGCUGACCCCUUCUGCUUCCAUUGCCCGGCCUGCUGGGAGCAGGAACUGGGUAUUCUUCUGCAGGAUGCCCCUCAAGAGCAACUGAAGGUGCCCCUAAGGGCCUUGCCCUCUGGCCAAGUGGUGAGGCUUGUCUUCCCUACGUCCCAGGAACCCCUGAUGAGGGUGGAGCUGAGAAAAGAAGAAGGACCGAGGGAGCUGGCGGUGCGGCUGGGCUGUGGCCCCUGUGCCGAGGAGCAGGCCUUCCUGAGCAGGAGGAAACAGGUGGUGGCCAGAGCCCUGAAGCAGGCCCUGCAGCUGGAUGAUGACCUGCAGGAGGACGAGAUCCCCGUGGUAGCUGUUAUGGCCACCGGUGGUGGGAUCCGGGCGAUGGUUUCCCUCUAUGGGCAGCUGGCUGGACUGAGGGAGCUGGGUCUCUUGGAUUGCAUCUCCUACAUCACAGGGGCCUCGGGCUCCACCUGGGCUUUGGCCAACCUCUACGAGGACCCAGAAUGGUCUCAGAAGGACCUGGCAGGGCCCACCGCGACACUGAAGACACAGGUGACCAAGAGCAAGUUGGGCGUGCUAGCCCCCAGCCAGCUCCAGCGGUUCUGGCAGGAGCUGGCUGAGCGUGCCCGCCAGGGCCACCCGACCUGCUUCACCGACCUGUGGGCCCUCAUCUGCGAGGCACUGCUGCACGAUGAGCCCCAUGACCACACACUCUCAGCCCAGCGGGAGGCCCUGAGUCACGGCCAGAACCCUCUGCCCAUCUACUGUGCCCUUAACACCAAGGAAAAGAACCUGACCACCUUUGAAUUUGGAGAGUGGUGCGAGUUCUCCCCCUAUGAGGUUGGCUUUCCCAAGUAUGGCGCCUUCAUCCCCUCUGAGCUCUUUGGCUCCGAGUUCUUCAUGGGGCGCCUGACCAAGCGGCUUCCUGAGUCCCGAAUCUGCUUCCUUGAAGGUAUCUGGAGCAACCUGUAUGCAGCCAACCUCCAGGACAGCUUAUACUGGGCCUCAGAGCCUAGCCAGUUCUGGGACCGCUGGGCACAGGAUCGGGCCAACCUGGACAAGGAGCAGGUCCCUCUUCUGAAGAUAGAAGAGACUCCCACAGGGGCCGGCAGGAUUGCUGAGUUUUUCACUGACCUUCUGACACGGCGCCCACUGGCCCAGGCCACCCACAAUUUCCUGCGAGGUCUCCAUUUCCACAAGGACUAUUUCCAUCAUCCUUACUUUUCCGCCUGGAAAGCCACCAAACUGGAUGGGCUCCCCAACCAGCUGACACCUGCAGAGCCCCACCUUUGUCUGCUGGAUGUUGGCUACCUUAUCAACACCAGCUUCCCGCCCCUCCUGCGGCCCACACGGGAUGUGGACCUCAUCCUGUCGCUGGAUUACAACCUCGGAGGAGCCUUUCAGCCGCUGCAGCUCCUGGGCCAGCUGUGCCAGGAGCAGGGCAUCCCUUUCCCGCCCAUCUCCCCCAGCCCUGAGGAGCAGCGCCAGCCUCACGAGUGCCACUUGUUUCUGGAUCCAGCCUGCCCCGACGCCCCGGCUGUGCUGCACUUCCCUCUGGUGGAUGGCUCCUUCCGCGAGUACUCGGCCCCUGGCAUCCCGCGCUCCCCUGAGGAGAAGGCGGCCGGGGAAGUGAACCUGUCUUCCUCCGACUCCCCCUACCACUACUCGAAGCUGACCUACAGCCCGGAGGACACGGACAAGCUGCUCCGCCUGACCCAUUACAACAUCUGCAACAACCGGGAGCGGCUGCUGGAGGCGCUGCGGGGCGCCGUGCAGCGGAGGCGCGGGCGGCACCAGGCCCAGUGAGGGCGUGGGGCUCCCCUGCCGCCCGCCACACUCACCCCCAGAAGCUCCAGGCGAACAGGGCGAGUUUCCUCCCCCCGGCGUUCCGGAGCCCCUGGGGCCUGGAGGGCCCCGCAGCCCCCAGCAAUCUCGCCACAUCCACAUGCGGGGACCUUGAGCAUCUUAAAAGCAAGGAGAACAUUCAGGGGGCUCUGGGGUCGCUGAGGUAGGCCUGGGGGACGAGCGCUUGAGCCCAAAGCAGUAUUGACCCUAUUUGCAGAAGCGCUCAAAGCCAUGUGCCCUUCCCCGUUGCUACCUUGAGUAACUGUACCGAGUGAAAUAGAGCGGUUUAUGUAUCACAGAGGCUCAUAUAAAUGUGAGGUGGGACCAGAUGAUCUGUCCUUGCUGCCAAGAAAGGACAGGUCAUGCUGGGCUCCUGGUUACACAGAACAAGGACUGGCCCCCUACAGAGCUAGCGAGCAGGUCCCAUCUACCCUGCUGGAGCCCUCGCCCUGUGCAGGGGACAGACUCACAGGCAGUGGCAGCCAGCACCCCUGCCCCCCCCCCCCACCACCGACGGCUGCUUCCUAUCCCACAGUAGGGGUGGCCACACCUGCGAUCAGAGGAGCCAUGGGGACAAGCGCACAUGGCCUACGACAGCAAGCUGUGAUCUUGGCGAGGGCUGCCUCUUAACAAGGAACCGUCCAUUCCAGACUUUGGAUCUGGUAGCAGAGUCCCAUGCUGGUCCUCUAGAGGUUGUCCUUGUUUGUAGCCCUGAGGUUUGCUGCCACCUCAGGGUUUGCUUCAGGGCCCAGACCUGUUGGGGUAACAGGGAGGCAGAGUGAACUUAGGGCCUGGCCUCCCUUAAAACAUCCCACCUCCUAACUUGCUGGGGGAUGUAGAUACCUGCCUGACAGGCAGCUGCAGGACGGACCGUAGUGUGUGGAGGGUGGAUGGGAGAGAAUGGGUUCUCUGUCGCUUAGAACUCCCCCUCUGCUCUGGCCCCCUGAUGCUUGGGCCCUGCCCUGGGCAUGGGCCAGUGUCACAGCGGAAACAAGGGAGGCCCUGGGAGCCGUAGAAGCCACCAUCCAGGACAAGGCCUAUUCAUUCAGCACCAUGUUAUCUGAAUUCUCAAAUGGAGCCCAUGGGCCCUGCGGGAGCGGGCUUGCGUAGCUGCCAGAGACCACAGCCAUGGCCGCCCUCCCGGGUGCUCCUUGGGCCUGACCCGGGGUGUCUGUCUCUGCGAGAGUCGGUGUGGACGGGUGACAGCCUGACUGCUGGCCUGCUCUAGGACAGUAAGGCUCCCCUUUCCCGUCGGAGCAGGGGAGAGCAGGAGAGGCGGCCGAGGGCAGGCCGGCCCUGUCUUCUGUCGGACUGGAAGAGGAGGCCGAGGAGUGAGCGCUGUGUGGGCGCCUGGGCCGUCCUUACCUUGGGCCUGGCUGGGGCAGGAAAGGCAGUGGGAGCCGGGGGCAGGUGCUGGGGCAGGGCCUGCAGCCUGUAGGAACCCCAAGGGUUGUGGCUGGCCGUCGGCACUCACGGGCGUCUCCCUCAGUGAGGAAGUCGGGGGACAGCCAUGGAAUCUGUGGGGAGAGGGAACCUCAGGGCCUGGACUCUGAGCAGAGCUUUGUACCCGAUGGGGUGGGUGCUAGGAUUUUCUAUGGCUGAGGGUCUCAAAUACGGGGGUUAGUUCAUACCCUAGCAGCUUAGGGCUGAGUCUCCAGAUCUCAGGCUUGAGAGGGCAGCAGCUGUGCCAGUUAUGGGGCUCAGGACUCCCACCUGCCCACAUAGCCAUGGGCCCUACCUGAGCGGGCUGGCGGUGCUGGGCACUCUCUCAGCAGCGUGUGCAGCUGGGAAGCCCACGGGUCUGGCUGGGAGCUCCAGGCUCAGACUGUGGGCUGCAGAGCAAAAGAACAGUGGUCAGUGCUGGCCCCGGUGGUAGGCCCUCUGCAGCCGGCAGCCUCCCUGCAUGUUCAUGUCUAUCCCCAAAUCCCUCUGUGGAAAUCCUAAUACCAAGGGGACGGCACUGGGAGGUGAUGAGGUGAUGAGGGUGAGCCCUUACAAAAACCCCAGAGAACAACCUGGCCCCUUCCACCAAGUGAGGACACGGUGAGAGGGCACCACUCACGACCCAGAAGAAGACUCUUACCAGACCCCCAAUCUGGUGGCGCCUUGAUGGACUUCCCAGUCUCUAGAACUGUAAGAAAUAAAUGUUACCC